AUGGAGUUACCACCUGAAGUUGGAUGUCUUAGAAAUCUUGAGGUGUUUGAUCUUGAAGGGACUGAAAUUAUAAGCCUACCUGUGAAUUUAAGAAGACUGACCAACCUCAAUUGCCUGAGAGUGUCCUUCUAUGGUUACAGUAACCACACUGGACAAAAUAACCAGUCCUCCAAUACAAUGAUUCCUCAGAACGUGAUAUCAGAACUUUCUCAAUUGAAAGAAUUAGGCAUACAUGUGAAUCCAGAUGAUGAGCGAUGGGAUGUGAUUGUGAAAUAUAUUGUCAAGGAAGUCUGCACCUUGAAACACUUGGAGACACUUAAACUUUACUUGCCAGAAGUUAGACUUGUGAAUGACUUCAUGGGGAGUGGAAACUCAUUGAUAAACCUCUCACAGAUGAACUUCGAGUUUAUUAUUGGCAGCCAUCACAAGCGCUUUGUAUCUCGACUACCACAAGAAAUUGCGAAUAGAUUUGAACAGCAAGAAAGAUGCUUGAAGUAUGUGAAUGGUGAAGGUGUCUCAAUGGAAAUUAAGGAGGUACUCCAACAUGCUACUACUCUGCUCUUGGAACGCCAUUUAACUCUUACCAAGCUGUCUGAAUUUGGGAUUGAAAAUAUAAUGAAGCUAGAAUUUUGUGUAUUGGGGGAAUGUAGCAAGAUUCAAACCCUUGUGGAUGGAGCAGAAACUUUUAGACAAGGAGAUGAUGAUGGAGAUGUUCAUCAAGAAAUCAUACUUGGAUCACUCCAAUAUUUGAGGCUUCACUAUAUGAAGAAUUUAGACAGUAUAUGGAAGGGGCCAAUCUGGAAGGGUUGUCUAUCCAGUCUCAAGUCUCUGGAAUUGUAUGCAUGCCCCCAAUUGACUACCACUUUUACUUUGGGUUUGCUUGAAAAUCUCGACCUUCUAGAGGAGCUUGUGGUUGAAAACUGCCCCAAUAUAAUCAGUUUGGUGACUUAUGAAGUUCCUGCAGAACAUACGCUGCUCUGCUUCAAAACAUACCUUCCAAAGUUGAAGAAGAUAUCACUUCAUUACUUACGAAAAUUGGCCAGCAUUUCCAGUGGUUUACGCAUUGCACCAGACUUGGAAUGGAUGAGCUUCUAUAAUUGCCCAAGCAUUGAAGCUCUUUCUAACAUGGAAGUUUCUAGUAAUAAUUUGAAGGUGAUCAUAGGAGAGGCUGACUGGUGGAGGGCAUUGAAAUGGCAAACAUCAGUUCUAAGAAGUAAUCUGGAUUCUAUAUUUGUCCCCAUUAAAUCAGAUGUUGAUUUGAUGACUCAGUUAGCAGAAAUUAAGAAUCAACUUCUAGCUCCCAAGCAAGAGAGAAAUCCAUCUCAACAGUCAGGUUCUGGUGACUCCUUGAAGGCCCUUGCAGUAGAGACCUUGAAGGCCCUUGCAGCGGAGGCAGGAACCACCUCAGUUGAUAAGCAGCGUCAUAAGCCUUCUCCAUUGCCACUGUUGUCUCCUUCCACGAAGAGCUUCAUGAAGGCCUCUGUAGUAGAAGCAGGAACCACCUCGGAGCAGAAGUGGAAGCCCCACACUCUAAAGAUGACUGAUGAAGCAGAAGUUGACUUACAAAGAAUCCGGGGAAGCUUAUUAACUUCUGUCAGUUCCGAAACUGCAUGUAUGAAAGAUCUGAAAGAAAACUAUGAGAUGUUGAUAGGCGGAGCAAAACAGCUCAAGGCACUGAGGAAUGGCAUGGAGAUGGAAAUAAGAAGACAUAAUAUAAGGCCGCACAUAAGAGAAUGGUUGGCUAAGGUUGAGAGGAUCAACAUUGAAGUGAACCAACUAGAAACUCUAUACAAUGAUGAAAUGAAGCAUCCAGGGAGACCGGUUCGUUUUUGGGAAUGCUCAAAUCUUAGCAAAUACAUGGAGAAGAAGCAUGAGGAAGUUCAUAGUCUUUUGAAAGAAGGGAUUGAUAAAAGAAGAGUACUGGUCGCAGAAUUGUCAGAAUUUGCCAGGAAAAUACCUGCACCGAAAAUAGAAGACUCAUCGUUGUGCAAUGUGGUUGAAGAUGUAGUGAGUUUUCUACAGGAUAAGCAAAUAAGAAGAAUCGGAAUUUGGGGAACAGUUGGAACAGGGAAAACCACAAUAAUGAAGAACGUGAUCGAUCAUAAAGAUGUGGCUAAAAUAUUUGAUAUGGUCAUCUGGGUAACUGUCUCAAAGGAAUGGAGCAAAAAAACGUUUCAAGAUGCAAUUAUGCAGAGACUAAAAAUGAAUAUGAAGGGCAGUGUUAGCAUCGAGGAAAAUUCUCUAAGAAUUUCUGAAGAGCUAAAGGGAAAGAAGUGUUUGAUCCUUCUAGAUGAAGUCUAUGACUUUAUUGAUCUAGAUGAAGUAAUUGGAAUCAACCAGAGUCAUGAGAGCAAGGUGGUGCUGGCGAGUAGGCUCCGUGACAUUUGCAAGGGCAUGGAAGCUGAUGAGUUAAUCAAUGUGAAACCAUUGUCAGAUCAUGAAGCUUUCAACAUGUUCAGGGAAAAGUUGGGUCAGUCUAUUUACUCCCCACAAAUUGAACGGGUUGCUGAACAGGUGGUUAGAGAGUGUGGUGGUUUACCCCUGCUGAUAAACAUUGUAGCCAUGAUCUUCAGAAAUAAAAGGCAAGAUAUUUCCCUUUGGAUGGAUGGAUUGAAACAUCUGCAAAGAUGGGAGGAUAUUGACGGCAUGGAUCAUGUGAUUGAAUUCCUGAAGUCUUGCUAUGAUUAUUUAGAUAGUGACACAAAGAAGGCCUGUUAUCUGUAUUGUGCGCUAUUUCCUGGAGAAUAUGAUAUUAAUGUAGAUUACCUACUAGAGUGUUGGAAAGCUGAAGGCUUUAUUCAAAAUGCAGAUGAAUUUGUUCGAGGCACAGAUGCUUUUAGAGAUGCACGCAGCAAAGGACAUGCCAUAUUGGAUGAUCUUAUCAACCUAUCAUUGUUAGAGAGAAGUGACAAGGGGAAAUGUGUUAAGAUGAACAGAAUGCUUCGAAAAAUGGCCCUUAAAAUCUCUUUCCAAAGCAAUGGCUCGAAGUUUUUGGCGAAACCAUGUGAGGGAUUACAAGAUUUCCCAGGCAGGAAAGAGUGGGAAGAUGCAAAUCGAAUCUCUUUGAUGGAUAACGAGCUCUGUACUUUACCAGAAUUUCUACACUGUCACAAUCUCUCAACAUUAUUGCUCCAGAGGAAUAAUGGUUUGAUUGCCAUUCCUAAGUUCUUUUUUCAAUCUAUGCAUAGUCUUCGCGUUCUGGAUCUGCAUGGGACUGGUAUUGAAUCAUUACCUUCAUCUAUAUCCGAUUUGAUUUGUCUUAGAGGGCUCUAUCUAAAUUCUUGCACCCACUUGAUACAACUCCCGCCUAACAUAAGAGCGCUUGACCAGCUUGAGUUGCUUGAUAUUCGAGGCACUAAACUUAAUUUGCUUCAAAUUGGAAGUUUGAUAUGGUUGAAGUGCUUGCGAAUAUCGUCUAAUUUUUUCAUCGGAAUCCACACUCAAAGGAAAUUGGGGAACAUCUCAAGGUUUGUCUCACUGGAAGAAUUUUGUGUUGAUGAUGAUUUGUCUGUAGAAUGGCGGUACAAGGCUUCAGAGAUUGUUAUGGAGGUGGCUACCUUGCAUUAUAAAUUGACUUCCCUCAAGUUUUGCUUCCCUACGAUGCACUUCCUUCAGUUUUUUGUGCAAACAAGCCCAGCAUGGAAGAAGAAAUGCUUCUCAUUUCAAUUUUCUGUUGGUUACCAGGACUCAACUUACUCUUACUUUCUGGAGUCUUCUUCUGAUUAUCCAAGCUACAAUUCUCUGAAAUUGGUCAAUGGUGAAGGCUGGCAUCCUGUAAUCAAACACGUACUUAAGGUGACAAAUGCAUUUGGAUUAAUAAACCACAAGGGAGUUUCAGCACUAUCAAAUUUUGGCACCAACAACAUGAAAAAUAUGCAUGUUUGUUUGGUUGACGGAUGCAAUGAAAUUAGAGUCAUCAUCAAUGGUUGCACAACGGGUAAGAGGGUGCUAGAAAACUUAAAAAUUUUGUAUAUUAACAAUGUCCCAAAAUUGAGAAGCAUUUGGCAGGGGUUUGUUCCCGAUGGAAGUCUAGCACAGCUAACCACCCUAACCUUAACUAAAUGCCCAGAGUUGAAGAGGAUAUUUUCCAGUGGUAUGAUUCAACAGCUUCCUAGGCUGCAGCACUUGAGAGUUGAAGAAUGUUAUCAAAUUGAAGAAAUAAUAAUGGUGUCUGAGAACCAUGGACUCAACGUCGAUGCGCUCCCCAGACUGAAGACUCUAGUACUCAUUGAUCUCCCAGAACUGAGAAGCAUUUGGGUUGAUGAUUCAUUGGAGUGGCCUUCCUUACAAAGGAUUAAGAUAUCUAUGUGUUACAUGUUGAAGAGAUUGCCUUUCAACAAUGCCAACGCAGCCAAAUUGAGAUUCAUAGAAGGGCAAGAGUUAUGGUGGAAAGCACUAGUAUGGAAAGAUGAUGCCGUAAAACAAAGAUUGAAGUUCCUAUGCAUCCUCAACUAGCUCCUCGGAUUUCUGUGCAGCAGUUUCAUUUUAAAGCUGAUUGGGAUGGUUGCUGACUCAGCCAAAGGUUUGUGUGUAGGAUUCAAAAACUUUACCAUGUAUUUGUUUAAGAUAUGCUGCUACCUUGGCUUAUAUUUUAUCUAGACUUGCCCGCUUGGUUUGUAUCUGUUUGAGAUUUGCUUUCUUUGUUUGUAUGUUUAAGAUUUGCUAUUGUUUGAGAUGUGCUACUUGUAUGUUUUUUUAAAUAUUUGCUACACUGGAUUGACUUUGUUUAAGGUUUGUUUGUUUUGAUUAUAUUUGUGUAAAGAGUUGAUGUAUUUCCAAGCA